AUGUGGCUAUGGUUCAUUUUCGUCACAACUGCUUGCAGCAAGGACUCGAACUGCCGAGAGGCCCGGAGCUGCGAAGACGAUGCGUUUGGACUUCUUCAAUUUCGCUCAGUUCCACCCUCGGGAUCCUUCGGUCCGUGGUCCUUUGGAGGCAUUGUUCCCGGAGAUCCUUUGUACAAGCACUUGGAAGGGGAAGCAAUGCCGCCUCGUCCGACAAAGGGCAAAAUACCGAAGGAUUUUGAUUCCAGAACUACAUGGCCACAGUGCAGCGCAGUGAUCAAUCACAUCCGCGACCAAAGUCGUUGCGGAUCCUGCUGGGCGGUUGGCAGCGUGUCAACCCUGAAUGAUCGACUGUGCGUGCUCACAGGUGACAAUCACACCAUCCUUUCUGCUGAUGAUCCCUUAGCCAAUUGCAACAGCACCAUCGAAGGUGCCGAGCUACCCACUUGUGUUCACCCUGGGGUGGGCGGUUGUGGUGGAGGACAAUUGGAAUUUGUUUGGAAAUGGUAUAAAGAAAUGGGCGUGGUGAGUGGUGCAGGCUACCGUGAACUCGGGUUCAUGCGUCAGAAGGUCAGGACCUGUGCGCCAUAUUCAUUUCCUCCAUGUCACAAUGACACUUGGGCUGCGAGGCCUGUCUGUUCUGAAACGUUUCAUACACCUGCAGCUUUCAGUUCCUGUUUCAAUCUCAGCUUCCAGCCUCCCUACUGGGGAGACAAGCUGAAAGCCAAGAGCUGGUACAAAGUUCCCAGCGACCAAAUUCAGCAGGAAAUCAUGCACCAUGGAUCAGUCAGUUGCCAAGUACAGGCCACGUGUUCGAUGGUCAACUACACCGGUGGCGUCUAUGUUCCUUCCGGGCGAGUUUGUGGAGGUCAUGUGAUGCGUAUCAUUGGUUGGGGUGUGGAAGAGGACGUUGGCUACUGGUGGGUCGCGAACAGUUGGGGAUCUCAAUGGGGUCUCAAUGGCUUCAUCAAAUGGCUGCGCGGCAGCGAUGCCCAGGGCAUCGAAAGUGGCGUGGUGGCAGGGCUGAUUUAG